AUGGGUAACGAGCAAAGUGCUUCUACUUCAUCUCCGCAGAGCGCAAACUCUUCGUUUUCGUUUUUCUCUGGAAGGCCUUCGAAGAAGUCGAAAGGUAUUGUUGUUGUUAGUGGAGGGAACGCGAAAGUUGAGAAAUUAGAGGAUGAUGAGGUCUACAAACGAUUCCAGGAGAUUCCACGGUUUCUUCCUAUCUAUCGACACGCAGUGGGCAAAAAAGACCUAUCUCCCAAUGAAUAUCAGCAACGGGUGAACAGUCGUCCAUUGUUCAAGAUGGCUUUGAGACUCCAGCAGCACCUCAAAAUUUGUUCUAAAGCUGUUUCGACAGAUCAGUCACAGAUCAUAUCUGCUAUCAAAGCGGUGGAAGGAUCAGCUGCUGUUGUCACUACUGCACUGAUCGAAAGAAAAAAAGCCGCUGAUGGUCUAGUUGACGAACUGCAGAGUAUUAACAAACUGCGUGAUGACAUCCUGCAUAUUCGGAUUAUGCUCGAAGAGCUUGUGCCUAUGGCAGAAACACUAAACGAAUUGCUUGUUCCUGAAGAUCGUCUGCCUCCACUUUCACUGAGCCGUGUUCUUGAACGGACUCCUGUGUCUACCUCAGCCAGCUCCUCACAAAUUAGUACACCGAUGAAUGUGACGCCUUCCAACUCUUUGACGUUCCGAUCACCUCGAGAAGAACGUACUCAUAUUCCGCCCAUCGAGGAAGUUCGGGUGGUUGACAGGGCUCUUUAAUCUCACUAUAUCUAUUUGCACAAAUUAUAUGAUUCACAGGAAAGCUGCCUUCAAGCUUUUUGUUUUAUUUUGAGGUGAU